UCAAGUGCCUUCAAUUUUGUCGUCGUGAAAAAAUAUUGGCGCGUCUUAAUGUAACCGGCUUUUGAGAAUCUUUGUUUCAUAGAAUAUUAAUUAUAUUUGUCUCGAACUUAACGUUGAUAAGUGACACAUCCGAACAAAAUGGAUACGGAUCUUAAAAAUACAAAUGAAGACGCCGAAAUGGCUGAUUGCGAUGGAGAAAAAGUUGUAACCAUGAUGGACGUCUUGCAAGAGCAGGAAGAAUUCGAGGAAGAUGUUAACGCCGUGCUGGGCGCGUCGGAUGACAAGAAUUGCACGUAUUCUAAGGGCUACAUAAAAAGACAAGCAAUUUAUGCUUGCAUGACUUGCUGUUCUGAAGCCAAGGAUGAUUUGACCAAAAGAGCUGGCGUAUGUCUUGCAUGCAGCCUGACCUGCCAUGAAAACCAUGACCUCAUAGAAUUGUACACAAAACGUAAUUUUAAAUGUGACUGUGGCAACCCCAAGUUUAACUCCCACCCUUGCCAGUUCACUGCAGAUAAAUCUGACCUUAAUGAAGAGAAUAAUUAUAAUCAGAAUUUUAGUGGUGUAUAUUGUGUUUGUCAAAGGCCUUACCCUGACCCAGAGUCAACAAUAGACAUAGAAAUGAUACAAUGUAUAAUUUGCGAGGACUGGCUUCAUGUAACUCAUUUAGAAGGUAGUGUUCCUGACAAUGAUCAGUAUUCUGAAAUGAUUUGCAAAGUUUGCAUGGACAAAAAUGACUUUUUACAUGAUUAUAGCGAUUUAGCUGUUAAUAUUGAAGUAGAUGUAGUGACAAAUGGAAUUGAUACUGAUAAUAAAAUAUGUAAUGGUGAUGCUGAACCAGUAAAGGUUUCAGAUAACAUUACAAUUAGUCCUAAAGUAAGUAUUAAUAAGACAAAUGGAGAAAACAUGUGUGACACGAAAGAAUCCGCAAAUGAAGAAAAUGAUGAUGAUAAGUCCGUAGAUACGCCAAGUGGAAAAGAUGACACAAGUAGUUCUAAAUUAGGAGCUACAGAAACAGCUCAAUCCGAAGAAAAUAAAUUGGCGGAUGUUACAGAAGAUAAUAUAGAAGAAGAAAUUACAAAAGACAACUGUCUGAUCUCCGAAAACACCCAUAAAGAUGUUGAUAACCAGAAUGAAAGUUCUGAUAAUGAAGAGCAACAAAAUAAAAACAAAGACCCUACAAGUAACUCUGAAGAUGCUGGGACUGCUACAGAGCCAGAAAAGAAAGAGAUUCUCGCAAAGAGUGCAGAACAGAAAGAGGAACAGAGAUUGUUAGCUGAACCUGAUGAUGACAACUCAAAAUUAGUAAAAACAGGUGAUAAUGACAAAGAUAAAAAUAAUUUAGAAUCAACUUCAGCAGCAGAUGAGAAAAAUACUAACAAAACAGAUUCUGAAAUUGAUAAAACUUUAGGGACUGAGGAGAUUUACACAGCUAAAGUAGACAACGAGAAUAAGCAAAAUGAAUCUCAAAGUAUUGAAGGUUCCACUGAUAACAUAAGUGAAAAAGAGCUGGGUGAUAAAUCAGAUGAAAAUUCAAAAAAAGAUGGAAUGGCUCAUAGUAUUCCUACUAAAGACAAUUUAGUAGAAAAUUGUAUUAUUGAUACAAAAGAAGCUGUUAUUAAAAGUGCAAACCAGAAUGGACAAACAGAAGUACAGAGUAAUGAAAAAAACACUGAGAAAAGGAAACUAUCCACUGAAGAAAACUCUGAUCCAAACAUUAAAAAAGCAAAAUUAGAUGAACCGUGUGUGAGGCCAAAAGGUGUUGGAAAAGUACACAAAGGUGCAACGUUUUGGCCUACAACAUUACGCCAAAAACUUUGUACUUGUAGGGAAUGCAUUACUAUGUACAAGGAUCUUUCAGUUCUAUUUUUGAUUGAUCCAGAAGACACAGUGACUGCAUAUGAAAAUUUGGGAAAACAAAAGAUUGAUGGCAAGCCUGUGUCUCAAUAUGAAAAAGGACUGGAAGCAUUGUCAUCAUUGGACAGGAUUCAACAAAUAAACGCUUUAACUGAGUACAAUAAAAUGAGGGACAAGUUGUUAGAUUUCCUUAAAAGCUUUAAAGAUAGACGGGAAGUUGUCAAAGAAGAGGACAUUAAAGCAUUCUUUGCUGGAAUGAAACCUAAACGGGAGCCAGAUGGUGUAUAUUUCUGCAGAUAAAUUUUCUUUUUAAUUUAUAGACAUGUUUAACUUAAAUUUGACUUUUGUAUCUUUAGCAUUUAACAAUUAAAUUUAUAUUCUUA